GCCAUCGCCAUCUGUAAGCCAGUGCCAUCUGGCGGCCGCUGAAUCAGGUACAAAAAUGACAUGGCUGACUGUGUCGUUAGUGUGUGCUUGGUCGUGCUUGUGUAACUAAACCGCUAUUUUAGACUAAAGAGCAGUAUAAUCGAAUCUACAUCUACCAACAACUCCAAAACCAACAACAACAGCUGCAAAAAUCAAACAACACUCAUCAAUAUUGUUUCUUUAAAGAAUCACAACUGGAAAAAUACUCAACAAUUUUUACCAAAAAAAAAAGAGAAGAGACGAAAGCAAAAAAAAAAAGUUUGCCAAGAAAAUUGAAAAGCGAAGCUAAGCUAUUCCCUAGCAGGAGGAGGCAUCUGCAUCCGCUACAGAAAACGGAGCAGGCGAUGAGAGCGAUGAUGCACGAGCAAUCGUAAUCGGGACUUUUCAAUCCGCAUGCACUGUGUACAAGUGCGAAAACAGCAGAGGCGCAGGCAAACAAGGACGAGCAGCGCAAACGAUCCACCAGCAAACAAGCGAACACGAGGAAGCGGGGAACGAGCGUGAAAUAAUAAUACACACACUAGCAUAAAGCCUUAUGAACCGUAAAAAAUUGUGAUCUCCAGUUUUCAUCUUUUUUUAUUUCGUCAAAACGAGCUCUACGGAACGGAACGGAAUAGAAUCGGCAUGCGGCAUGCUAUUCACGACUAAAGGGAACGAAUCGAAACUAGUAAUACGCAGCAGAGUGUAAAGGUGGAAAGCGCUUAUCAAUCUACUACUCGAACAGCCGGAGCAGCAGUGAAAAGUGCAGAAGUGGUGCGAGCGAUCUGCGAGCACAAGCGGUUGAACUUCGUCGUCGUCGAAAGUGAGCAAGAGUGUGAGGCCAAUAGCAAAGCAUUCCGCACCAUAGAGUCACCCGGAAACCCGUAAAAAUUACAAACACACAAAGGACAACUUAGCACGCAUUCACGACAUUUCGGUUCCGCACGCAAGCAAGCGAAGCAGGCGCACGGGGUAUCACAUAAAAGCAGUCGUGGUUCUACAGGACAACAACCCAGCAGUCCGAUUGCCACCAGUCGACUGAUCGAGAACCAGGACGGGUGUGUAUACCUCUGUCACGAAGGCAGCGUUUGUUUGCGCGACACCUCGAAAGACACCUGGAAGGUGGAACGGAAGAUCAGCAGUCAUAUAAACCAACAAGACCAGCAAAACAUUGAAACAAAAGCGAGGAACAAACGACAGCAAUCUAGCCAUAGCAGCAGUCACAAAUAAGAUACAGCAACAUUUAACCACCACAAGACAGCAGGAACCGAUAUUUGCUGGACGACCAAAACAGUACGCCCGGGAAGGAAGUGUAUGAAGUGUGAUGCAACACUAGUAGUAACACCAAAAGCAAAUUCACAUAGUACGUCUUAAGCGAUUUUGUACCACGCUCACGAACACACAGACACAAACUCACACACACACACCCGCCCAAUUCAAACGGAUCGGACGGCAGCACCGUAUGAGCAGCCGCGGAACGUGGUGCUCAAUAAUCAGAGUUCGGUUUGGUUACUUUAGUUUCGAGUUUUAUGUGAACCUGUUGUUCCCUUUCGAUCCUCAACAGAAAUACAGCGUCGGGAUCCUGUAUCGUGCAAACGCUGCGUCCCGGGUUGUUAGUGGGUGGAGCACUGACUAGACAAAACCUGAAGUGCGUGUGUGUGUAAACUGUACGUUGGGAAAUAGUUGAUUGUGGAAGAAAAACAAACCCGAACUCACGUGUAAUAUACAAGUACAAACUCACAUUCACAGCGAUCGUAUAGGAUUCGGAGUCAUAGCCAGAAGCAGUUUCGUAGCGGCUACGGUGUGGGAUCACACACAACACACACACAGACAGUCGUAUAGUAUCCGGCAACGAGAAACUCGCGUUCGUAGUACCACGACGUUCCGUUAUUGGAAAGCAUCACGAAGGGUGUAAACAAACAGUGCCGUAGUUUCCAAAGUGCAUCAACAAUAAGCAGCGAAAGUGGUGGAAGUGAAGGUGAAAAGUUGGACACAAGGAAAACCUACAUCAAAUACAACGUACAGCAAUAUUUUUCGCUUUGCCAACAUAUUAGUUUACGUCGUAUAGCUGAGCUACAAUUUUUGAGCGAAAUCAGAGUCAGUCUUCAACUUUCCAGUGUCUAGUGAACGCAACACAAAGAAACACGCACACAAGUAUACUUCCCCCGUGUUAGGACACUUAUAGCUACAGCCAAUUGUAAAACCUAACAGACGAAACGAAACCAUUACGACGAGCCGCUCUUGAGCGGGUCGGGUAGGGGAAUCUGGUCCAUGCCGGCGCAGGGCAUCUAACCGUCGUGUGUGCGCGUAAAACAGUGCUACAAAACGUGCGUGAAUCGUUCAAACCAAGGACUGAUCAGUUGUGUAUAUUCUUCACCAGCCGGCAGAAAAGGUGACACGCAAGACUUCUUGGUGGUGUAAAGCCGAGAGAAACGGGAAAAGCAAGACUGUUAAAAAAACAAAACAAAACAAAAACCCAACCGCCGCGACAGGCCGCGGUGGAUUCGAAACAGCAGUGGAAACACGCAAAAAAAAAAGUCAAACGAUAGCGGGAGUGAUAGAGAAAACAUACAAAUAAAACCAUUCUGUGAUAAAAUUUAAAAAAAUAUAACAAAGUAAGCAUAUGUUUAUUAAAGUGAAACUAAGUUAGGCUUACCGUAACCAAAACAACACAAGGCAGACAAAUACAAAUAAAAACGCAUAGCAUAGUUGCGGGGUUGCGCAAAGGACAUUAAACCGUCGUGGACUUGUUCAAAAACUCAAACCGCAUUUGGAUGAGCGUCCGUCAUCACCGACUACUUCGUGCAGUGUACGUACUCUAUUGGAAACCGUGCGUGUCAGAAUAAGAGCAGUUUCGCGUUUACUACUGUGAGCAUUUCGAACAGUGCACACGAAUAAUCCUCCCAGUGUGUAUCUGUGUGUGUGUGCGUGUAUUCAAUUCAGGCCCAAAUCCUAUCCUGCAUCCUUCGUACCGCGGGUGAAAAUCAAAUCGAAUCCUGGUGUGGCGUCCCGCGCGCUGAAUCUCCGCAUAUAAUUUCACACAGUAAACACCCCUGUAAGCUUUUGCAUAAAUUCGGUGUGACCUGCGCGAAACCCGGCCGUGUGCAUAAGAUAUUGGACAAUUUUCGAGCAUACUAGUGGUAAACGAAAUUGAAGUGUGAUUUUCUGUGAAUUCAAUUCAACGUCUGUGGUUCAUCGUAGCAACCCACGCUUUCCGGUAACUGCUGAAGCUACAAACGGUACCGAUUGAUGCUAAGCACUCCAUCCUUGGCCAUCCGUUGCUAACCUAUGUGGUGAUCUGGAAGAAAAAAGGGGAAAGCAACAAAAAACAAAAAUUUGUGAAAACCUAAGUUAAAUGAGUGAUUCGAAAAUUCGAUCAAGUGUGUGAAGUAAUUGCUGGACAAUUGGGAUAGGAAUAGGACGCGCUGAUUCCUAAUUAAUCCGACGAAGAAAAAAAAAGUCUUGCUUCUUGUAUAACCGACCAUCUAUACUACAACACGGUUGUUCUUCUUCUUCUUCUUCUUCGGUUCACCGGUUCCCGCGUGUCCUGGGUGCCCCGGCACUAGUAAAUAGUGAAACUCUGGCUUAACGUAUUCGUAUAUCCCCAACCAAACCUUACGGUGAUACAUUUGCAUUUGCUAACACUAAGCAAAGGAUAGCAACAGCAACAGAAGCAAAGUGGAAAAACCCCCAUCUGCGGUGUAAUUGCAACAUAGGCAUAUAGAAACACACACAUACACACGAAUAUCUGAUAAGGCUGAUUUGUGAAUAAAAAAAACAGAAACCAAACUAAGCGAUAAACAAAAGCAAGCAAAUAAACAAACAAACAAACAAACAAUGCAAAACUACUAAACUAAAAGUAAUAAAAUCAUCAGAAAGCUAGCGUAAGAUGAUGCGUGUCGUUGUGUGCAGCAGACACCUAUGAGAGGCAAAGCAAGUGAACUAUACAAACAUUACUAAUACACUGUGGAACGAGUGUCCCGCGUGUGCUCCAAAUAGAGGCAGCAGAGUGUGCGUUAGAAGCAGAAAAACAAAACCGGCUUGCAAGCAAUCGGGAAGUGUGGUGUGCUGGAGCGACUCCACGGCAAGCAGUAACAACGGAAUCGAACCAAAGCGCUAACGGUGAACUAAUAGACUUUUUGCAGUUAGUUGUAGAAUUGAUUUGCGUACAACAAAUCUACUAAGCGUUAAACAUUAGUCCAACAUUGAACAUCGAUUUGUGAACGGUGAAGUGGAAGAAGUGUCGACCCUCUUUUCAUACUACAAAAAACGUGUCUAGUUUGUAUACGGUGGAACAGCACACAGUCUACGCUGAGAGAAAAUCUUCGAUCAAGACAAAAUCAAUCGUCUUGUGGCCGAUUGAGCGAUUGAUUCUUCUGCAUCAGCUCAGCGCGACAUCGACAACAAAAACGGAGGACCACUUGUUUCGUAUCAGCAUGGGCAGCCAAACGAAACCUUUCCGCUCUGCCGAUGCAUCCUUCAUGGAUUACGUUGCGUAUGGCCAACGGGGCGACGUGUUCUACGGUGGCCAAACGAACCAACCGCCUGCUCCACGGCAGUCUAUAAACCCAUCGAAUGUAUUCCCACCGAUCGGUACCUUCAGCAUCGAGGCGACCACGAUGGCGGCCCCGAACCAGGGUGUGUUUGGCGGUGGCGACGCCAUGAGCGUACUCGGUAACGCCGGCACGACGGGCACCAUCGGGGUGUUCAAUGCGAACGCAAUGAUGAGCGUACCGAAUAACAUGAGCAAUGCGAACAAUUCUUACUCGACCGGCGGCCAGACCACCAAUGGCGUCGACACUAGCCAGGGAACGCGCGAAACUGGCAUCAUUGAAAAAUUGCUGCAUUCGUACGGGUUUAUUCAGUGCUGUGAGCGACAGGCUCGACUCUUCUUCCACUUCUCGCAGUUCGGUGGCAAUAUCGAACAUCUGAAGAUUGGUGAUCCGGUGGAAUUUGAAAUGACGUACGAUCGACGUACCGGAAAGCCGAUCGCCAGCCAGGUAACGAAGAUCGCACCGGAGGUGGUGCUGUCGGAGGAGCGCGUCACCGGCACCGUUACGACCGAGCUGAAGUGCGAUUCGGCCCCGUCCGGUACCGGCAGCUCGACCACCUCGAGCGACACUACGACCGGGCGCAUCAGCUACGAAAACCGGGGCGAAUGUUUCUUCCUACCGUAUACCAAAGAUGAUGUCGAAGGAAACGUUUCGCUACGUUCCGGCGACAAGGUUAGCUUUCAGAUAGCUACGAAUCAAAGGGGUAACCUUGGAGCAUGCCACAUUCGGCUGGAAAAUCCGGCCCAUCCGGUAAAGUAUCGGGGUGUCGUGUGUUCGAUGAAGGACACCUUCGGCUUUAUCGAGCGGGCAGAUGUGGUGAAGGAAAUCUUUUUCCACUUCUCCGAGGCGGACAAUACUAUCGAACUGCGUCCUGGUGAUGAUGUAGAAUUUAUCAUUCAAACCAGAAAUGGCAAAGAGGUAGCUUGCAAUAUUGCCCGCCUGCCACCCGGAUCGGUGAUUUUCGAGGAUGUCGAUACAACCAUCUACAAGGGCCAGGUGCUGAAGCCGCUCGAUCGCAACAAUCCGGCACGGCAGCAAACGAACGAUCCGCUGCCGGGACGCAUCCGUUACCGGGCUGCCGACCACUCGGAGGUAGAAGUGCCAUUCGGAGACAAGGAUCAGAAGGGUGACUAUACGCUGCGCCACGGUGACUGGGUGCAGUUUCUGCUGGCGACCGACCGCCGUGAUCAGCUGCAGCGGGCCACAUCCAUCUCUCUGCUGGACGAAACAUUCCAAGUGAGCGGCGAAAAGCGCGAGCAGGGCGUCGUGGCUUCGCUCAAGGAAGGCUUCGGCUUUCUGCGCUGCGUCGAGCGUAGCGUGCGAUUGUUUUUCCAUUUCACCGAAGUGCUGGAUACGAGUCGCGAAAUUUGCAUUGAUGACGAGGUUGAGUUUACCGUCAUCCAGGAUCCGGGGUCCAGCUUCGCCAACAACCGGCAGAGCGCUAUCCGCAUCAAGCAUUUGCUCGUUGGCACGGUGAAAUUCGAGACGCUGAUCGAGAGCAACAUCGAGGGCGUCGUGUCGCGCGAGGCACCGAAAAGUCCUAUCAAAUCGCAGGAACGCACCGAGGGUGGCGUUAUUACCUACGGCCCAAACAAAAAGACUAUAAUGUAUUUCUUGAAAGAUUGUGAUAAGCCACCGCGCGUGGGUGAUAAAGUCAGAUUCAAUAUUUGUCAGGUUAAACGUAACAAAGAGUUGAUCGCAACGAACAUUGUGGAGAUCACUUCCAACACGCAUCAGGCACUGCAACAGCAACCACUACUGCACCAGCAACCAACAUCGCAGCAACUGUCUCCCAUUGCGGUCGAUACGCAGCUUUCGAUUGGUUCGGUUCCAUCCUCCCAAUCGCCAAACUCUGCCCUUACCAAUGGUUCCAGAACCAAUGGCAAUUCGGUAGCAAAGGCCAACUACACCAAUGGUAACGUUAAGCCGGGAAAAAUUCACCAUGGAUUCAUUGCAGUGUUGAAGGAAAAUUUUGGUUUCAUCGAAACGGUCGAGCACGAUCAGGAGGUGUUUUUCCACUUUAGUAACUUUAUCGGCAACAGCAAUACGCUGGAGCUGGGCCAGGAGGUGGAAUAUACGCUCUCCACCCGCAAUGCCAUCAAUGCCGGUAACUGCAUCCCGGCAGAGAACGUUAAGGUGUUGCCGAAGGGAACAAUUCAGCAGCCGAAAGUGCUGCCGUCCAGCUUCAACGGAUCUGUGCUGCGCCCGCUGCGCUGCAUCAACCCGGAACAGGUGGAGUACAGUGGGCUGGUGCAGGUGAAGAACGAACUGGGCGACACAUUGUCAACGCACGAGUUUGGCAUUACCAGCCUGAAGAAUCAUCGCGAUCUGCUGCAGAAGGAUGAUGUGGUAACGUUCAAGAUCGACGAGCUAAACCGUGCAAUGGAGAUCGCUCCCGUGCGUACCAAAAAGCAGGCAAAGGUUGAUUCGAUCAAGGGACAGUUUGGAUUUUUGGACUUUGAAGUCGAGGAAGGGAAGAAGCUGUUUUUCCACAUGUCCGAUGUGCAGGGCAACGCUAACCUCUAUCUGGGUGAUACGGUGGAGUUUUCCAUCGUUACGAAUCAGCGUAAUGGCAAGACUUCGGCAUGCAAUGUUGUUAAAAUCAAUGACGCCAAUGGACCACGGCCGGAACGACUGAUUUCCCGUAUCAAGCUGAACUCCGUCGAUGAUAGCGGCCCGCGCCUGACCGUCAUUCGCGCACCGAAAGGUCCGGAUGGUACGAAAGGCUUCCUUCCGUCUGCCAGAACGCCGCGUGUAGUUGGUAAAAGUCUGGCAACUGAGUAGUAAAAAAAGAAAGAAAAAAACCAGGAAAGCAGAAACAAAAUUUGCAAAUUGUAAUAAAUUUAAAUUUACUAUUAGGAUGUACGUUAUCCUUCUUUUUAUCCGUUUCCCCUUUCUUUUCGGUUGCAUAGAAAAGCAAAACAGCAACAAAAGCAAAAAACGAAUAAAUCUUUUAAGAUUAUUUUAUUUGAUGAAUUUAACGUAAACAUUAAGUGAUUUGAUAACAAAAAGGAAACAACCCUACAGUAGAAACCUAUACAUCAUCAGUGGAACACAAUGGCAUGUGAUGAAUGGCAAAGCACUUCUCCAUUCGCUGUUUAUUGCUUGCGAAACGCAGCAAAACAAUACGUUUCCCAUUGCGUUGAUCUUUUCGCACUGCCAAACAGGAAUGUGUGAAUUAAAAGAAAAAAAAGGAAAAAAAUCGAGAAGAAGUAACCCUUCGUUUAAGCAAACAAAAAAGAAGAAGAAGCAAAACACGCAACAACAAAAAAAAAUUGAAAAAACCACCUAAGUUGUUUUGUGCAGCCUAAUUUACAUCGAAGACUAAUUUUAGCAUUCAUCAUAGUAACAGCAAACAACAGGAUACCUUAUCUGCAAACAAAUGUGCCCGAAGAUUAAACGUAUAUUUACAUUACUCUUAUCUUAGAUUGUCGUUGAGUGUCAACGAAAAUUAGUUAUUACUUUUAACUGCAUCACGCAUCAGCAUCGGGCAUUCUUCAUUUCUGACCUGUCGUAUGCCAUCAUCGAUCAGAAUGUCCGUAUUCUAUCGAUAUUCGUUGUGCUGUAAGUAACGUGUGGCCAACGGAAAUUAUUUCGUUUCAAGCUUGAUUCGAUUCGUGUGUGGUGGACGCUGUGUACUCCACAUCAACUCUUGCGAAAUGCAUCGAAACAAACAACGUUUUGUUUAAGUGAUGCAUACCAUCUUCCUGUAGAUCGAUUAGAGCGUCCACGAAUGGGCCUCUUUGACUUGAUUUAUCCUGCGCUGGGAUGGGAUUUAAUGAAACUUUCGGACUGGAUUUUAAAGCCAAAAAAAUCCCAUCCCCAAGAAAAUGGUUUACACUACCCAACCGUCGUCAACCGUUCGAAUCGAACUGGGGAGAUAAGAAUCACGUGUAUCGACAAACGGACAGCAAAAACAAAGGAAAUCAAAAUAAAACAACAGUUGUGAGCGUGAAAAUUGAAAACAAAAAACAACUAAAACGAAACACAAAAAUGAAUUAAUUUGAAAGUAAAAUGCUACAAAAAAAACUACCCUUAAGAUGCUUAAAAUAAUUAAGUGUGAAUCUAAUUCAUCACUGUCGUCGGCAAAUGUUGAUUGAAAUCGUAUGAACGUAUUUUUUCUCUUUGUUUCACACUUGCACUCUACAAUACCACAAAAAUACCAAAUUGUUUGCCCAUCUUCUUCCAAUCUACCAAACUGCGGGGGAACAUUUGUCUUCUCUUUGUUGAAGAUUAUAUAUUUUAAUUUUGUAAUGGAAAUCGAUGGAAACCGUCAACACAUGGCAUGACAAAAAAAAUGCACGAAAAUGAUAAUUUUCUAUUAUUGCUAAAUGCGUUGAGGGUAGAUAGUUUGGAAGAAGGAUCGAUAAUGCUAAGAGGAAAUGGUGAAGCAUAAUUGAAAGUGGAAACGAAUCGUGUACUAUUAGCCAACACGUGGUUAUGUUUAUUUUCAAACCGUUGCUUUUAUAAGCGCAAUACACAAUGAUAAAUUGAAGCCUGAUUAUGUUUUCCUUGCAAAUUCCCUGCAAAAAAACCCCACACACACAAACGGAAAAGGGAAUAUAGGCUAUUGAAAGAAACACGUAUCCCAACGCAUAUUUCCUCUUAUAAACAUGAUCUAGUCUGUGCAACAAAUUGAUACUAAAAACAAUGCAAAACGGCUAAAACAUACGAAAGGUAUAGGUGAGGGGUAGGUGGAACCUUAGCACAUUAGUAGACGGGACGGUGAGAGAACACGGCAAGGAAUGGGCAGAGGCAAAAAUAGAGCUCACAAACACACAAGAAGGGGUGAGUAAGAGUGCGAUCAUGCGUGUUUACAAAAUUCGACUACUACCUAAUACUACUACUCACUCGGCACCUGUACGAGAUGCUUGGAAGCAAUACACUACAGUAAUAAACGCGUAACUCAGCUAUACAUCCCCAAAACCACACACACACACACACAGAACAGAAGAACUCUCUCGUAUAGGAUUUUAAUUAUUUUUAUGUGGAUUAAUAAUUGGCGCCGGUGAACAGAAGCGAGAGAGCGAGAGAGAGAGAAAUGGGUCGCAGUUGUGCGCGGUAUAGCAACCAUACAAUACGCAUCUUCAAAAACCAAACCAACCAACAAAAUAUACAUCAAUACACACACACACAUAACUAUUCGUAUUCUCGGGGCAUAUAGAGGAAGAAAGCAGCCAACGCUAACGAUUGGUGCAUAACGCUUUUGAACUACGUACCGUGGGCGAGAGUAAAAUAACAGCAGAUAAAGGCAAGCGCAUAAACUAUUGAACUAAAAGUAAAACAAACCUAAAACAUACAACAAUAAUUGCGGAAAGAGAAAGAAGGCUUUAAAGUUAAACUUUAAGCUACAAACACACACACACGCAAACACUCAACAAACAAAAACAAAACAAAACGAAAACGAUAAGUAAUACAACAGUUAUUAACAUUUCGGGAUCAAAUGAGGGUGAACAGUUUACACAGGAGAGGAAGGAGUAAACAAACAAAGCUUGUUGUUGGUAAUAUGCAAUCAUGCCGCCGCCGUAGUUAGUAGUAGGGCCAUGUCCUAAUAUUUAUACCUUUGGUUGGUUUUGUGUUUUCUUUUUUACGUUUUGAUUGUCGCAACCAAGAAAGAGAGAGCGAGAGCGAGAGUCCCUCUUUUACUACCGCAUUGUAACGGCGCGUAUUGUGUAGGUCGUAAGGUCGCGCUUUGGCUAAUAUAGAUGGCCCCCCGCCCUUCUAUUCGGACGGCUAUGCAAAGCGAUACAAAAAAAUAGAAAGAAAUGCAGAAAGCCAAGAACUCACUGAACCUGUAACUGAUCUAAGGAACAGGGGGAAAUUGAUCCGCAUCAAGCAAGCCAAACGGUGUGUGGACCGUGCUCUGCUCGAGAACGGCCGGCUAUUGCUUGAUGGAUGGAGAUCACACUUUCUUCAACCCCCCAAGAUCAGAAGAUUCAAAGAGCUCAGAGAACAUGCAAAGCAACGGAACGUGCUGGGGGGGGGGGAGGAAACGGUUAUAGUAGGUGAACGAUGGACACUACACAAGAACCAGUCUCCAAUGGGCGAGCAUAACUAUAAUUCUACAGGUGAAUAAGAAACAAACAAAACAAAUGAAAGCAUAAAAAAGAACAAAAAAAAUGUAAAAC